AUGGCCGUUGCUCAGGUGCCUCGGAAUUUCAAGCUCUUGGCGGAGCUGGAGAAGGGGGAGAAGGGGUUGGGAGCUGGCGCCUGCUCGUACGGUUUGGAGGAUCCUGAAGACAUCUACAUGACUCACUGGAGAGGGACCAUCUGGGGUCCGCCUCAUGGAAACCACGAGAACCGGAUCUACGAGCUCAAGAUGGAGUGUGGCCCCAACUACCCCAAAGAGCCGCCCUUGAUUCACUUUGUCAGCCAGAUCAACCUCCCUGGUGUGAGCCCGAUCGACGGCAAGGUGGACAACAACGCUGUCGCCAUACUCCGUGACUGGACCCGGAUUGCAACCGAAUUAGCCAAGAACCCCCGGCCGAAGGAGGAUCCGCUGAGCCUCGAGGCGGCUCUCAUCGCAAUAAGGAAGUUUAUGGACGAAAAUAAGAAGCUUCCGCAACCCCCAGAGGGUUCCAAGUAUCAGGUUUACAAAUGA